AAUGCUACCUAAAUUAAAUCAAAGUUCGUCAGUAUAAUAAGUGAAAUCUCAAGAAGAUUUCAGUUUGAAUGAAGCCAAAAGACGUUAAAAACAACUUGAGUUGGAAUAACAAAAUGUUGAAAACAGAAUCAAAUAACUUGCUAAAGAGAAUGAGAAACUGUCCAAAAAAGUAUAAAUGGCAGAGCAAUUGGCUCUAGAUGUUUAUGCUUCUCGUCUUGCUCAGAAAAUUAAAGUAAUUGUUGAUUUCUAAAAAAAUACUUAGAAAGAACAGAAAUUGCAAUAAUAAUCUACUGUUGAUCCAUUGAAAUACCAAUAAACAUAAUAUGAAAGAAUGAAUCUUAGGAAAAUGAAAUAAGAAGUAAAAGAAAUGAAACAUAAUGAUGCAUAAUUGAUGAGAAAAUCGAUUAAAUACGAAUUGAUGAGAACUAGUGAAGAGCAAGCUAAAAAAGCAUAAAAUAAGAAAUUAAGAGCUGCUUUAAUCAAGGAAGAUGAGAAAUUGUCCUAGGCAGUGAUUCAGGAAAAAUUGUUAGAGAAAUAAUAAAAAGUUAGAUUAUUAUAAGAACUAGAAAAAUAAAAGAUUCUUAUAGAAAAUGAAAAAUACGAAUACUAAAUCAAAUAAUUGGAAGCUAAAGAAAUUAAAUUAGUAGAAAAAUUACAAGCCACACAACAGAGAGAAUAGGAUGUUAAAUAAAAAUUAAUGGCAGCAACUAGACUGGCUCCUGAAGAAUUUGAUAGAACCUACUUGGGUAGUUAGUCAAUUAUUUGUGAAAAAGGGAAUCAUGUAAGAUUAUAAAUAUGAAUAGGAAAAAACAUAAGAAGAACAAAAGGAACAGUAAGAGGAACCAAAAAAAAAAGAUGAAGAUGAAAAUAAAGAAGGAUAAUAAGGAACCUAAACUGAUUGAAUUGAUUUAUUAU